AUGUGCUGUAAGAUAGUGAAAUCAACCAUAAGUCAGGAGGCAAAGGGCAAAAUAAGACAGCCAUAUGCCAAACAUAAGACUACUAGUAACAAUAUGGAUGUUACAAAUGAUAGAUUUUACCUUAACAGUAUUGCCCUUAUAAUAGAGACCCAACCAGACGUUUAUGAAUCUCCAGAUACACCUGAAGAAAAACUGAAUGAAAAUAUAGUCAAAGAAAAAAUUUCUGUAGAUAAAGCUGUUGAUAAGUUUAAGGGCAGUAUCAUUGAUGCUUCUGAAACUGAUUUCACUGAUAGUAUAACUCAUUGUAAAAAAAAACAUGUACAAACUCAAGAACUUGAUGAAGAAUUGGAAAAGAUAAAAUAA